AUACACAUUGUGUAACGUAGAAAUAGCAGAUUAUUUAUGUUUUUAAUUCGAUCCGAGUUGUUUUACCAUCAGCCCGAUUUAUUUUUUAUUGUUGCCUCGAGCAAACCCCACCAGAAAUGUUAUAUAUUAUGAAAGUUGUUUCCAACCGGCGCUUUUUGAACGUUGUCCAAAACCUAGUAAUAUUACCAAUUAAAAAAAUGCUAGUAAUAAAAUAUUUUAAUACUAUUCACGGUAAUAAGAAUCGAUGAAAUUGCACAUCUGACAUCAAUGUACUCGCACGGCAUAGUGUCCGCCGGUGUGAACGAAUUCAUUAUUUUUAAUUUUUCUUUGAAACAAACGCCAAACACAUUUUUGUUGUGAUAUUUCCUAAUCUUAUCUCGUCCGACUCUAAUGCUGUAACCGCCAGUGGCUAGUUUUGUACUACGUUGUUGUUGCUUGUUUUUAAUAAUUUACAUCCAGUAGCCUUCAGGUGUAGACUGUAGGACAAUUACACAGUCGGUGUACAGUGAAUUAUGUUGAUUGCCCACUCGAGUCGGUCUGAUUGUUUUUUUUACAAUAAUAAUUAUUCAUGUGUAGACUAUUUGGUGUUUAGCGAUGGAAAACUCCGAGUUUCAUAGUUCCAAGAGUAAGCUUACUCCCAAGAAAAACCGUCCUGAUUAUUUGAAAAAAGAAAACAGAGGUGCGUUCUUUGCCGUACUGGUGUCGGGCAUUAUAAUUGCCGUGUUCGUCGUUUACUAUUUAAUUGCGGGACAGGAAUCACGCAAACAAAAUUCUCUGCAGCUCAUUAUGGUCAUUUAUAGACAAGGCGAUCGAAGUCCACACAAAUGGGAAACCUAUCCAAAUGAUUUAUACCCUCCUACCGACGAAGGAAUAUGGCCAGACGGACUUGGACAGCUGACCAAUGCAGGAAAACUACGAUCGUAUGAGUGUGGCAGGCGUUUACGGAAACGCUAUAUCAAAUUUCUUCCCGUCACUUACAACAUGAGCUUUAUAUUAGUUCAAAGUACAGACACUGAUCGUACAGCGAUGACGGCAUCGACUUUUCUAGCUGGGGCAUUCCCUCCAUUUGGAAAACAAGUAUGGAAUAAGGAGUUGCAGUGGAUACCAAUACCAAUUCACUCUAUACCAUCAAGUCAAGACAAUUUACUACGAGUUACCAAACCAUGUCCCGUGUUUGACGAAGAAUUUAGAAAGGCUAAAAUUGAAACCGAAAACGGAAUGUUCCAAAACAAUUCGACGAGAACCUUUUUCGAUUAUUUGUCCAAUCAUACUGGUAUGGAAAUCAAACAUCUGUCAGACGUUGAAAAUAUAUACAAUUCUUUAAAUAUUCAACAAAGAAAUCAUAUGACUCUACCUUCGUGGAUUAAAGUAAAAAAUUAUAUGGAUAAAUUGGAAAACAUUGUUCUGGAAUGGUUGAGAACAUACACGAAAACCGACUUGAUGAAAAAGCUUCGGUCCGGUAAACUUAUUGGAGAAAUGGUAAGAAUCAUGCGUGACAAAAUGGAUGGACGAUUAGCUCCAGAUAGAAAAUUCUUUGCUUACUUUAGCCACGAACAAACCCUUAUUGAUUUGUUUAAUACUUUGGGUAUGAAAUACCCAUUCAAACCUGAUUAUGGAGCAGCAGCCAUUGUGGAGUUGCAUAAAAUUAAGGGAGAACACUAUGUUAAACUCAUGUACUCGAAAAGCUACGACAGUCCAGAUUUUCUAUCGUUAGAGUUGAAAGAGCAGACCAGCUUUUUACCAACUUUGGAAGACUUUAUUAUUGCAACAGAAAAUUAUGUACCAAAAAACUGGGAUAAGGAAUGCCAACGCUUGUGAAAAUAUUUUCCUAAAAAAAAACCAAGACCAAACUAUCAUGUUCAUUGUUACUGAAAUUAUUUUUAUUUAUUGUAAUUUUGUUAUUGUACAUAUUUUGUCAUCAAAGUGGCUUGUGGACUUAAUUUUUAUUUAAGUUUUAAAAGUUUAAGCAACUCGUGUCAAUUUAGAGUAAAAUUUCAAUUAAAAGAAAUAUUGUUAUUGUUUA